AUGCCACUGGAGAUGGAGCCCAAAGCUAACAAUCUCGUUUUUGGGUGUCAGCGAAGCUCAACAUCUGACGAUGACUCCGGAUGUGCCUUGGAAGAAUAUGCCUGGGUCCCCCCAGGCCUCAGACCAGAGCAGGUCCAGCUGUAUUUCGCCUGCUUGCCAGAGGAGAAGGUCCCUUACGUUAACAGCCCUGGAGAGAAACACCGAAUCAAACAACUCCUCUAUCAGCUGCCACCCCACGAUAACGAGGUGAGAUACUGCCAGUCUUUAAGUGAAGAAGAAAAGAAGGAACUGCAGAUGUUCAGUUCUCAGCGCAAGAAGGAGGCACUUGGCCGAGGCACUAUUAAACUCCUCUCCAGAGCGGUGAUGCACGCGGUUUGUGAACAGUGUGGUACAAAAGUAAAUGGUGGUGAAGUUGCAGUUUUUGCCUCGAGAGCUGGGCCUGGUGUGUGCUGGCAUCCCUCGUGUUUUGUGUGCUUCACGUGUAACGAGCUGCUUGUUGACCUUAUCUACUUCUACCAAGAUGGAAAAAUUCACUGUGGCAGACACCAUGCUGAACUUCUCAAACCUCGAUGUUCAGCCUGCGAUGAGAUCAUUUUCGCUGAUGAGUGUACAGAAGCUGAGGGUCGCCACUGGCACAUGAAGCACUUCUGUUGCCUCGAGUGUGAAACAAUCUUGGGUGGACAGAGAUACAUCAUGAAGGAUGGGCGACCAUUCUGCUGUAACUGUUUCGAAUCUCUUUACGCAGAAUACUGUGAGACAUGUGGGGAACACAUUGGUGUUGACCAUGCUCAGAUGACCUAUGAUGGACAGCACUGGCACGCAACGGAGACUUGCUUUUCUUGUGCUCAGUGCAAAACCUCUUUGCUUGGCUGCCCUUUCCUUCCAAAGCAAGGGCAGAUUUACUGUUCAAAAACCUGCAGCUUGGGAGAGGAUGUUCAUGCCUCCGACUCUUCUGAUUCUGCAUUUCAGUCUGCUCGAUCCAGAGAUUCCAGGAGGAGUGUUCGCAUGGGAAAAAGCAGCCGGUCAGCCGACCAGUGCCGCCAGUCUCUCCUCCUGUCGCCAGCCCUCAAUUACAAAUUUCCUGGCCUUUCAGGCAACGCCGAUGAUACUCUUUCUCGUAAGCUGGAUGACUUAAGCCUUUCAAGGGAAGAGGCAAGCUUUGUUAAUGAAGACUUCUGGAAAGGGAGAGUAGAGCAAGAAACACCUGAAGAUCCUGAAGAGUGGGCUGAACAUGAAGACUACAUGACUCAACUUCUUCUGAAGUUUGGUGAUAAAAGCCUCUUCCAGCAGCCUGCUGAAGUGGACAUUAGAUCAAGCGAACACUGGAUUUCUGAUAGCAUGGUCAAGAGCAAGUUGGACUUGAAAAAAAAUAAUCCGAGCCUAGCAAGUAAGAAGUAUCAGUCAGACAUGUACUGGGCCCAGUCACAAGAUGGCUUGGGUGACUCUGCAUACGGCAGCCACCCAGGCCCUGCCAGCAGCAGGAAAAUCCAGGAGCUAGACAUGGAGCACGGGGCAUCAGGAUACAAACACGACCAAACACCGUGGUAUGGAGGUUCACUUGAAUGUUUGUCUGACCUGAAACAGCAGGAACAAAGUGUUCGAGACUCAAUGGAUUCUUUGGCUUUGUCUAACGUAACAGGGGCUUCAAUGGAUGGAGAAGGCAAGCCACGGCCACCUCUCUACUCUUUGCAAACUUUCCAAGAACUGGAGGUAGAGGACUGUGAGAAAAUGAGCAACAUGGGAACUCUGAAUUCUUCAAUGCUCCACCGGAGCACAGAGUCCUUGAAGAGUCUGAGCUCAGAGUUGUGUCAGGAAAAGGUGUUGCCAGAGGAAAAGCCAGUGCAUAUGCCUGUACUGAGAAGAUCUAAAUCCCAGUCUAGACCACAGCAAGUCAAGUUUUCAGAUGAUGUUAUUGAUAAUGGAAGCUACGAGAAUGUUGAAAUACGUCAGCCUCCAAUGAGUGAAAGGACUCGUAGGCGUGUUUACCAUUUUGAAGAGCAUGGAAAUCGGCCUUCUCAUCAUCGACGAAGAAGUAGGAAGUCUCGUUCAGAUAAUGCACUUAACUUGGCCACGGAAAGAAGAUGCUCUCCAAGAGAGAGAUUUCGUUAUUACUCCCCUCAGGAUCAUGAAAAAUUUAUUCAAAAUAGAAGCUCACGUGAGAUUCGGGCGUAUAUUCAAAAUGCAGAGUUGUACGGACAAUAUGCCCAUACUAGGUCUGAUUAUGCACUGCGGAAUCAGAUGGUUGAUAAAUUUUUCGGAUUGUAUGGUGAGGAAGACGACUCCUGGUGUUCAACUUCAUCCUCCUCAUCCGAUUCUGAAGAGGAAGGAUAUUUUCUAGGACAGCCAAUUCCACAGCCACGAUCACUGAGAUACCCAUACUAUACAGAUGAUCUUUCUGGUCCAACUACUGUGUUAUCUAGUUCUCAGUUUGGACAAAGGACAACCAAAUCAAAGAAGAAGAGGGGACACAAAGGAAAAAACUGCAUCAUUUCUUAA